UUUUAUUAUUGACGCGCCCGGCUAUUUUCACAAAUAUGAUCUCCGCCGGACAGUUAAAUCCCAAUUAACGAACCCCACCUACAUCUAUAAACCUCCCUCUCUUCAUCCAGAUUUCAAAUUCCCAGAACAUCCCCUUCUGCAUUGUUUUUGUGUUUUUUAAUCCUGCAAAUUUGCUUUAAAAAAUUUGAAAGAAAGGACAACAAAAAAGGAAGAGAGAGAGAGGGAUUUACAGAAUGGCGAUUUGCUCCUCGAGACGUGGAGUGCUUGGAUCCGUUUAUUGUUUGGUGGUGGUGCUAUCAUACGCGAGGAUAUGUCUAUCGGCGAGAUCUGAUAAUGAAAUCCGGGAAAGGUUUUACGGUAACCUUGUGAAUUCGUCGGCGACGGGUACCGGCGAAGGGAGUAUUGCCAAAAUGUUCGAUCGGGUUCUUGAGAAGGAGUUCUCCGAAAAUGAUCAAACUGAAGGAACUGAUGCAAGCAAUUUCAAUACUAGUGUAGCUGAUCAGCAAGCUGUACUGGAGACUGUAGCUAAAAUCACUCAUGAGAAGGGGAAGAGAAAUGAUACACAAGAGACAAAUGGUACAAGAGCAUUCCAGAUUCAAGAUGUCUUUUCCCUGGAAAAUGAAGAUUCUGAUGAGACGACAACCUUGAUUGAUAAAAAGGAUAAUGUGUUUGUAAUGUCAAAUAGAAAAUCCAAGUAUCCAGUGCUCCAAGUUGAUUUGAGAUUGAUAUCAGAUUUGGUGGUUGUCAUAGUCUCUGCUGCCAUUGGUGGUAUUAUCUUUUCAUGUCUGGGGCAACCGGUUAUUGUGGGCUAUCUUCUGGCGGGUUCACUUAUUGGACCAGGGGGUUUGAAAUUCAUUAGUGAAAUGGUACAGGUUGAAACUGUUGCACAGUUUGGUGUUGUCUUUCUUCUUUUUGCUCUUGGGCUGGAGUUUUCUUUGGCAAAGUUAAAAGUUGUGGGGCCAGUUGCUGUUUUUGGAGGACUACUUCAAAUUGUUAUAUUUAUGUGCUUGUGUGGCAUAAUUGCAGUGUUAUGUGGAGCAAAUUUAUCUGAGGGUGUAUUUGUUGGCUCCUUCCUCUCAAUGUCAUCAACAGCAAUUGUUGUGAAGUUUUUAGUAGAACGAAGUAGCACUAAUUCUCUUCAUGGUCAAGUUACUAUUGGGACUCUAAUUUUUCAGGAUUGUGCUGUUGGUUUGUUAUUCGCUUUGCUCCCAGUUUUGGGUGGUAGCAGUGGCUUGCUACACGGGAUGGUUUCAAUGGGAAAGCUGAUAUUGGUAUUAUCAAUUUAUCUUACUGUUGCAUCACUAUUGUCUUGGUCAUUUGUUCCUCGAUUCCUAAAGUUAAUGAUGCAGAUAUCAUCUCAAACAAAUGAACUUUAUCAGCUUGCUGCUGUGGCUUUCUGCUUAUUGUCUGCUUGGUGCAGUGAUAAGAUGGGUCUCAGCCUUGAGUUGGGUUCAUUUGUUGCUGGAGUUAUGAUAUCUACUACUGACUUUGCGCAACAUACACUAGACCAGGUGGAACCAAUUCGUAACCUAUUUGCAGCACUCUUCCUUUCUGGUAUUGGGAUGCUCAUACAUGUACAUUUUCUGUGGAACCAUGUGGAUAUACUACUGGCCUCUGUUAUACUAGUUAUUGUUGUUAAGACUGCUGUUGUCUGUGUGGUUGCCAAGGCUUUCGGAUAUAGUGUUAGGACAUCUUUCCAUGUUGGAGUGUUGCUUGCUCAAAUUGGAGAAUUUGCUUUUGUUCUUCUAAGUCGUGCCUCAAAUCUUCACCUUGUUGAGGGAAAGAUGUAUCUUCUUCUUCUUGGAACGACAGCUCUCAGUCUGGUAACAACACCUCUUAUGUUCAAAUUGAUACCAUAUGUCAUGAACUUGGGGGUUCUUUUGCAAUGGUUUCCCUCAGAAAGCAGCUCAACAAAUGAGGAGAAGGUUUCCAUAAUUGAAGCACAUAAUAGGUUACACUGACCUUCAAGUGUUAUGGUAGUCAGGUUAUACGGGUAUUACACUUUGGAUCAUAGUCAUUUGCAAGUAUUAGGGUUUAAUAUCGCGCCAAAUGUAAUUGCUGGGGUCUCUGUUAACACGUGAUAGUGUCAGUUCCAUUGAAAGUCAGCUGAAGUCUCAUGCACGUUCAUAUAUAUAUAUAAUAUUCUUUGUGAUUCUUUGUAUAGUAUAUAUUGAUUUUGUAUUUUGUAAUUUGUAUUUUGAGCACUCAAGAGCCGAUUCUAAUCUUCUCA